GCUGCGCAGAAAGAAAAAAAAUUCCUUCUGCAUUUUGUGGGCAACCAAUGUCUCUCUGGCUCCCUCGCUUCCUUCCUUCGGUUUCUCCAGCAACUUUAGAUGGAUCAAAUGCAAAGGACAAAGUUCAGAGCAGACCUAACAAUGAUGUAUCAGAGAUGAAUAAAGAGAGAAUAAAGAAGAUGCUUAAUAAAGUUGAAUUGUCUGUAUCUUGUUAUGAUACAGCUUGGAUGGCAAUGAUACCAUCACCUUCUUCUCUGCAAACUCCUUUAUUCCCUAAGUCCCUAAAAUGGUUAUUAGAGAAUCAACAAAAGGAUGGAUCAUGGGGUCUUCCUAAUCGUGAUGAGUUGUUGACCAAAGACUCCCUUCUAUCAUCAUUGGCUUGUGUUGUUGCACUUAAGCAAUGGGGUGCUGGUGAACAACAAAUCAAUGCAGGACUUGGAUAUAUUGAAUCAAACAUUGCUGCAGCUCAUGAUGAUAAGCAAUUUUCUCCAAUUGGAUUUGAUAUUAUCUUUUCUCAUUUAAUUGAUCAAACCAGAAGUUUGGAUCUAAAUCUUCCUCUUGGAGGGAAUUGUUCAGAGAAUUUCAUUCAAAAGAGGGAAUCGGAACUCCAAAGUGGGUGGGGAAGCAAAUCAGAAGGAUGGAAAGCAUAUGUAGCAUACAUUUCAGAAGGACUUGGGAAGUCCCAGAAUUGGGAAAUGGCUAUGAAAUUUCAGAGAAAGAAUGGAUCUUUAUUUAACUCACCAGCCACUACAGCAGCAGCUUUUAUUCACAUUAACAAUACCCAGGGUCUCGAUUAUCUACUAUCUCUCUCAGAUAAAUUUGGGGAUGCUGUUCCAACAGUACAUCCUUUUGAUGUGUAUGCUCGACUCCUGUGGUUGAUAGUCUCGAAAAAUUGGGGAUUAAUCGCCAUUUUAAGGAGGAAAUCCAAAGUGUAUUGGACGAGACAUGGAGACAUACUUGGUCGCUUUUCAGAAGACAAAUUUUACAAUACCGUUCAGGGUUAUUUAAAGGAUGUUGAGGCUGUUUUGGAGUUACAUAAAGCUUCACAUAUAGCAUUGCAUUCAAGUGAUUUAGUUUUGGAAGAAUUAAACUUCUGGACAGGACACUUUCUUGAGGAAUAUUUAUCCACUUCCUCAAGAAAUACUUAUAAGCCAGCUUCUAAUCGUAUUGACAAUGAGGUACAUUUAGCUCUGCGUUUUCCUCAUCAUGCUUAUUUGGAUUUGAUAGUUAACCGAAGAUCUAUAGAGCAUUACCAGGUUGAUCAAAAGAGAAUUUUGAAAUCUUCAUAUAGUUCUAUGAACCUCGCUAACAAAGAAUUCCCAGAAUUGGGAGCAGAGGAUUUCAAUCACUCCCAAUUGUUAUUUCGUGAAGAACUCGAUCUGUUUAACAAGUGGUUUAUGGAGAGUGGAAUGGAGAAACUACAUUUUCCAAUCUCAAAAACAAAAGCUGCCUAUUCCUUCUUGACAGUCGCUGCCACACUUACCUCCCCUGAACAUCGCGAAGCACGUCUGGCAUGGGCCAAACAAAGCUUGCUUGGAUGUGUGGUCGAUGAUUUCUAUGAUGUUUGGGGCACUGAAGAGGAACACAUAAACCUUAUACAGUUGAUGGAAAAGUGGGACGUAGAUGUCAGUAGAGAAAGUUGCUCCGACACGGUGAAGAUAAUAUUCGUAACACUUAAGAAAACAAUUUGUGAGACUGCAACCCAAGCAUAUAAAGUUCAAGGACGUAGUGUGUUGAACCACUUGAUUCAGAUUACAAUAGAUUUGCUGCGGUCUGAGUUGAAGGAAGCAGAAUGGUGCAGAAACAGGUGCGUGCCAAGUGUAGAAGAAUAUGAGCAUAAUGGAAUUAUAUCAAUGGCCUUGGGACCAAUAAUUAUCCCUGUAAUGUAUCUUCUUGGACCCAAGAUUCCACAAGCUGUCGUGGAAAGUGAUGAAUACAAUAAUCUCUUUGAGAUUGUUAGUCUUUAUGGGCGUUAUCUUAAUGAUAUCAAUGGAUACCAGAGGGAAAAAGAACAAGGGAAAUUUAUCAACUCAAUAAGCUUGCGGUUGAUUCAUGGGUGUGGGGUAGAGAGUGAAGAAGAGAUCAUGGAGAAGAUAAAGAGGAAGAUUGAGGAGAAGAGAAAGGAGCUGCUGAGAUUAGUGUUGAAGGAAGAAGGAAGCAAAAUGUCAAGAGAAGCGAAAGAUGUGUAUUGGAAAAUGAGCAGAUCACUUCACUUGAUUUACAAAAAAGAGGAUGUGAUUCAUGCAAAGGAGAUGCCUGAUGAGGUGCUCAACAUCAGAGACAUAGUUCUUAACAAUCCCAUCGUCUUAAAUUUAUAGAUCACUUGUGGGAUUUAAAAAUUCUCUCAUUGAAUAUAUCCCAAAUAUGACAUGAGUUCAUUGGUGCCACAAAAAGAAAAGGUAUAUAGUUUUUCCCAUCAUUAUUUAUUAGUAAAAAGGUAUGUGAUUUUAGAUAUUCAUAUUGUAUCACGAAGAAUAUAUGUUUCACUUUCAAAGAGA